AAACGCGAAGAUAUGAGCCAUUGAUGUUGCUAAACUGACAUUUACACUAGUCUAUUCAUUCAUGCGUGAAGCCUGAGGGUGCCCUCGUGCACUCUCGUGCAGAGGCAGUCCAAAAUUAAGACACGGAGAAAGCUUGUAUUCGUUUCAUUGUACUGUAUGUUUGUGUAUAUGAUUACUUUUUUGCUCAGGCCAGCACCGACAAAUGAGGGGCUUGAAUCCAAAUGAGCACACACAUUGAUCAAAUGAAUGGCCUGAAUGCUGUCUAAGUCGCUUUGGCAAAAUGUUUCUUCACAACUUGCAGACCUGUAAUAGUGAUCGAUGACUAGCAAGCACCAAUGACCUGUGUGCUGUGCAGAUACUGGGAAUCCCCUGGCACUCCUCUAGUCACACAUUCUCAUGUUUGCAGACUGUAUGUGCAUGUGGGUUCAUAUUUAAGGCAGGGUUCCCACAGCAGCUCUUCUAUUGUCCUGUGAUCGAGGGAUGGAAACUAAUUAAAGGAGUGGAAGAGACACAGAAAGAGAAAUGGAAAGAAAAGGAGACAGGGUAAAGAUGAGAGCUAACUGAAAGGAAAGAAAGGACAGAGAGAGCCAUGGGAUGGGAGGGUUGAUGAAGGGGUAGGAGGGAGGGUUGAGAAAAAGGAGGGGAUGUGGGAGUGUAAGGAAGAGGGAGUAAAAACUGGCAACUUUGCCAAAGUGCCCAACUUGAAUGCAGUGCAUUUUGUUGCUGUAGCACAGAAAGGGACAUCGGUAGCCAACUUGACUGAUUGACUAUAGGGCUCAGAAUAGUGACAGAGGAGAGUACGGUGUAAUUAUCGGAGUAUCUUAAGGAGCAUCGUCCAGUGGCAAUGUCAAAACUCUGGUAUACAUAAGGGCAGAAACAAGGAACAGACUAAUCGAGAAAGUUCCAAUAAAAUCCUGUAAGCUGUAUACUUUUAUUUUGGAAAGCAGAGACAGAGCAUAGAUUGAGAAGAAGGUGGAGGAGAGAAGAGAAAAAGGGAGGGGCAUGCUGGCAUUAGAAAGUGGCUGGUUUCCUUACGGUUGCAUUUGAAGGGUCGAAGAGGAAUCCAUCAUCUGACAACUUCUCAACUGGACCGCAGUUCUCCGUAGCUCUGUUGCUUUAUCGAUCCUGCAGUCGCUUGAGGGCAUCGACCUCGUGGAGAUGAAGAGACCUCACGAUUACAGUUCCCCGGACUCAGACACGGAUGAACUCAUCGAUGUUGGACAGGAGGAUGGCUACUGCCCCGUCACUGGCUCCAUGUCUCCAGGCAGUAGCUCUCAGAUCCUGGCUCGCAAGAAGAGAAGAGGGAUAAUUGAGAAGAGACGCAGGGACAGAAUCAACCACAGUCUGUCAGAGCUGAGGAGACUUGUACCCAGUGCCUUCGAGAAACAGGGUUCCUCUAAACUGGAAAAGGCUGAGAUUCUUCAGAUGACUGUGGAUCAUCUUAAACUGUUGCAUGCCAUGGGCGGCAAAGGCUACUUCGACGCUCGCGCUCUGGCGGUGGAUUACAGGACUUUGGGUUUUCGGGAGUGCGUGGGAGAGGUGGUGAGAUACCUCAGCUCUCUGGAGGGGGUUGAAUCAUCAGACCCCAUAGGUGCACGCCUCGUGUCCCACCUCAGCCACUGUGCCAGUGAGUUGGACCCUCUGCUUCAGAGCCCGGCCGCUAUACCGUUCCCUCCAUGGCCUUGGUCCUCCUUUCCUCAGCUCUCCACCACGUCCCCACCUGGUUCCACUGCCCACUUUCCCCAGACCUCUCGCCGGGAUCUGGCGCCUCACGCCACCGCUGCCCUGCUGGGCUACCCCUCGCCUGCCCUGCGCGUGGGAUCUCUGGGCGCCCAGGGGGCGAUAUUGGCCCAGGUGCGUCGGGUGCCCUCUGUACCCGGCAAUCCUCAUAGACUUCAACAGCACUCACCAGAUGGACCCACGAUCCCAUCACCACUCCAGGCCGUCCUUCCACCUUCAUCAUCUUCUUCCAACUCCUCCUCAUCCACUGCCCCUCCCCAGGUGUCCUUCAGACCCUUUGCACCUCUAGGGUCUCCAACAACAGCUCGUAGGGGUUUGGGUACCUCCAGUCAUUCGGCACAGGGCUGGGGAACGGAGAUUGGGGCAUUCUGAUUCACUUUGGAGUUUAAAAGGAACGAAACAUUUUGGGUCAUUUGGACUUGCCUGUGACAAAUAUCAACCGUGUUUUAAAGGAACUACAAAGCAUUGGGACACAUGCAGAUGUGAUCAGUCUGACACACAGUGCCAAGUUGUAAGCUGGUUCCUUUAAAAACUGCAAUGGCAUUCAGAAACAAAAAAGACAUUAAAGAAAAAACCAGCAUGAGCCAGAUGAAUGAGGGUAAAAUCAGCACUUGAAAAUUUCCAUGUAGACUCUCAGUGAAACUGAACGAGUGCUUUGAUUUUGCAUUGCAAGCUUGUGAUAGAAAAGCCUUGAUGCUUUGUCUUCUUGUUACAUUUGUGUAUUUGUUUACUCUGUCAUUUAAACCUUACAUUCACAUAGAUUCUGUCAAAUAUAUCAUACAUGUGACAAUUUCAUAAAGAGAAAUGUGCCUUAAUAAAACAAUCUUCCACAAAUCGUGCAAUGCAAUGCACAUACAAUACUCGUGUGUAAGGAUAUGGAAACCUCCAGUAGGUGGCAGCAUUUCAGCAAACUGUGUACUUAUUGUAUGUUAAUGUUUAUCUUUUCCUGAAUCACUUCAUCAAUGGAAAAGCAAUGACCAGUGACAUCUCUUUAAUUUCUGUACCCCAUCAGAUGGAUUCUUUAAUUGAAAACACAAAUAAAAAUAAACCAGUUUG